AUGGCCCCUGUCACGGUCGUCCUAGCUGAAGGCUCACAGCCAUCAUCAACUGUGAUGCAGCAGGCGUCGCUAGUGAAGCGUCGCCACGACGAGCCAGAUCCGCCGAAACCUAAGUACAUCCAUGGCCUGUCGGACAAGUACGGCGAGCGACCGCCUCCUCCAGAUCGAAACGAUGACUAUCUUCUCCACAAGGGACCCAAGGGCUUCCGAGGGGAAGGUGAAGGAAGGAGGCCGGCGCUCGGUGGUGGUCGUCACCCACCUUCGUUGGAGCCUAAAUUCGAUCCAGAGUUUGAAAGAUCACGCUUCUUGAAGCCACCACCCUUGUUCCCGGAAAGGGACCGACCGCCGCAUCACGGACGCCAUCCGGACGAUCAUUCUCGACACAGAGAUGGGCCACCAUACGGUUUGUAUGGGCACAGGCAUCCGGACAAGGGGCACUACGGAAAUGGUGAGCCCCUUUAUCGUCCUGGAAAAAGACACCCACCUUAUCCCGACGUGCCGGACCGGAGCGAAGGCCUGCCGCCUAGGGAGGAUGGCGAGUUCGAAGAGGAUCUCGACCCGUCUCGCUUUGACGACUACGAGGCCUGGAGACACCUGACAAGGCCACCUCUGCCGGCCGGCGGCUUUCCGCCACCCUUCAUGCCAGGCUUCGGCGGCUACCCCCCGUUUCGUGGCCCUCCAUUCCAGGGUGGUGGCCCGCCUUUCCUAGGUGGUCCAGGUGUAGGUACUAUUCUGCCGGGGAAGAAGAUGGAAAAGUUCAAGUACUUACUCAAGGGUGGCUUGCGUGGGGCUGGUGGUCUCCGACCUUCAUUUUUCGGUGCCCCACAAGGAUGGUACUGUCCUUGCAAUUACUACCCCCCAGCGGGACGUUUUGUCACUGCCGGCUAUCCUGGUUUCUGGGGACCAAUGCGUGGAGAUUAA